ACGAUGAUUCCGCCGGGGGAGUGCCUGUAUGCCGGGAGGAAAAGAAGGAAGCCCGUUCAGAAACAGAGGCCCGCCGUGGGCGCCGAGAAGUCGAACCCUUCCAAGAGACACCGGGAUCGCCUCAACGCCGAGCUGGACCGCCUAGCCGGCCUGCUGCCACUGCCCCCCGACAUCAUCUCUAAGCUGGACAAGCUUUCGGUCCUGCGCCUCAGCGUCAGUUACCUCCGGGUGAAGAGCUUCUUCCAAGCCCUGCAGCAGCCGGCGGCCGGUGCCCCCUCAGCAGAAGACAGGGAUCCGCGUGGAGGGUCUGCCGUGCUGGAGGGAAGGCUGCUACUGGAGUCCCUGCACGGCUUUGCUCUGGUGGUGAGCGCAGAAGGGAUGAUAUUCUACGCGUCAGCAACGAUCGUGGACUAUCUGGGCUUCCACCAGACGGACGUGAUGCACCAGAACAUCUACGACUACAUCCACGUGGACGACCGCCAGGACUUCUGCCGGCAGCUGCACUGGGCCAUGGACCCUCCCCAGGCUGGGUGUGGGCAGAACCUGCUCUCAGAGACAGGAGAGGACGCCGUCCUGGGGAGGCUGCUCCGGGCCCAGGAGGGGGCCGCGGGCUGGCCCACCGAGUACUCGGCCUUCCUGACGCGGUGCUUCAUUUGCCGUGUGCGCUGCCUGCUGGACAGCACCUCGGGCUUCCUGACGAUGCAGUUUCAAGGGAAACUAAAAUUCCUGUUCGGGCAGAAGAGGAGGGCCCCGUCGGGAGCCGCCCUGCCCCCUCGGCUCUCCCUGUUCUGCGUCGUGGCGCCCCUGCCUACUGCGGUGAAGAUGCAGAGUGUGUGUCUGAGGGCGAAGCACAGGGUGGACGCCUCGGCCACGCCGGACACAAAAGCAAAAGCUGCCGCAAGUCUCUGUGAACCAGAACUGCACGGAAAACCCAGUUACUUAGCAGGGAGGGGCAGCGGAGGAAACGGCCUGUCUGUGUUCAGGAGGCCCGCAGACGCCUGCCACUGGGGCCGGCUGGCAACCCGGGGCCCCUGCCUGUGCCUGCGGGGCGGCCACGACCUCCUCCACCCCCACCCCGAGGGGGCCGCAGGGGAUGGGCGAGGAGAGGAACUGGGGGGGUUGCCGAGGGGCCCCUCCUGCCCAAGGGAGCGGAGGGACGUCCCCCCGUACAGCUGCCACCUCGAGGCACAGGGACCCUCGAAGCACCUGAACUGGACGCCGGGGAGACACGGUCAGGACGGCGGCACCAAGCUGAAGCUGGAGCCCGGCAAGGGUGACCCAUUCCCCGCCGCGCAGGCCCGUGGCGCCUGCCUGCCCUACCCGGGCACCCAGGGCACUGUCCGCGCCGUCAGGAGCUCACCUGGCUCUCACCAGCCAAAGCCUCCCCCCGGGCCCUGCGCCAGCCGGACCAGCACAGGCUUGCGGGACGGCCACCAGGGCCAGGCUCCCCUACCCACCAGCUGCCCCUUCCCUCAGGGGAGCCUGGAGGACGGGCUUCCUCGGCCAGGAGGGCAGCGUCUCCCCACGGGGUGCUAUCCCACCGAGGACAAGCUUCGAGGCAUCCCAAUGCCCCCGGGAGCCCCGUGUAACCCCAUGUUGUCACUCGAUGUGCCCAUCAAGAUGGAGAGCGAAUCCGGGUCCGAGGAUGCGGCGGAUGGCUACUGUGUGUCCCCGAGCCAGGCGUGGCUGGGGGCCAGCGACGUGGCCAAGAGACAGCUGGUCACUUUCCCUACCAGGAUGCACCUGAAGAUGGAGCCGGACUCCAGGCACCCCCUCUACAGCCCACCCCUGGGGCCCGGCCUGCUGGGGCCCCACCCCAGGCCCGGCAGGGAGCUGGCCCCGUUGCACCCCGCACACUGCGCCUGCCUGGAGCCUCCACCCCGCCUCUGUGCUGGGGGCCACCAACCCCCCAGCCUGGGCUGUGACUGCCAGGCUCCCGGGCCUGUGCCUGUAGUCAAGCUUGAGCCCCUGGACUCGCCCCCGUGGGCCGCUCACGGCCAGGGCGGGGCGCCCGGCAUGCUCCCCAGGAGCACCUUGGCGACACGGAUGCCACCCAGAGACCCCGAGUGCGCGUUCCUGCCGUAGAGCAGGCGUCUGCAAAGGCUGACGUCCGUCCCUCGGCCGGCCGGGAUGGCAGCGCAGGGGCAGAGACUUUCCUGAGGGAGGCGCGUGCAAUAGCAGACCCUGUGUCUCGUCCAAAGCCACUGAGGCUCUUAAAUGCAGAGCGGCCUCACGUCUGCUCAAGUGUGAUAGUACUGCCCUCUAAGGGGACACGGUUUCUCAGAAAGAGGCCGGAGUGAGCUGGGCCGCCUGGCCGGGCAGCGCUCGGCGCUCCGAGAGUUGCAGCAAGCGGGGGCGGGCGGCCGGCGGCCUGGCCUGACCGCAGCCCCCAGCGCCCCCCCUUCCCGGCUUCCCCGACGCCGCCUCCGGCGAGUGGACCUCGGGGAGCAGCCUCAACCUGGGGGUCCCACUGCCGAGACAGCAAGUUGGGAAUCAAGCCUGUUGAGCGGCAGGUGACCACUUGCCCGAUCCUGGGCGGAGUCCAGAAGUUCCAGGCGGAAGAGGCUGUCAGCACCGGGCCGGCAGUUCACCACGACGACGUGCGUGUGCCUGAGGCGCUGGCGCAGGCUGAGGCCGGCCCGGGGGAGGAUUGGCCUGAUCCCACCCUGUUCCUCCUUCCGCGAGCGUCUUGGUGUUGUCAGGGGGCCGCUGAAGGUGGUUCUUGCUCAUCUGCCUCUCACCGCAUCACGCAACCUAGUUUACAGGGUCUGGAUUGGCAAGUCUAGAGAAGUACAAGAUGUAGGGAGAGGAACGAGUUAGUCCAGUUGUCCAGCUGCCUUGCUGAGUCUCUAGAGGUUUUUAAAUGAGACGCCAAUCACCAUCCUAGGAGGAGCUAUUAGAGACGAGACAGACAGGUGAUGCUUUACAAAAACGAAAACAUUGUGGGGACUUCGCUGGCGGUCCAGUGGUUACGACUCCGUGCUUCAAACGCAGGGGCGCAGGUUUGCUCCCUGGUCGGGGAACCGAGAUCCUACAUGCUGUGCGGUGCAGCCAAAAAGAAAAAAGAAAAAGGAAAAACUGUGAAGGUAACACAUUCUGAACGCAGGAAAUUAGGGUGCAAAGAAUAAAUCGGAAAGUGCAGGUCACCUGCAAUCACCAGGGGUGGCUCGUGGCUCAGGGCGAAGUUCACCGUGCCUUCCGGGGUGACCCCACGCCACGGGUGCAGUUAGUACGGGACACAACACCAGGGGGCAACAUCACCACCGAGCAGGGAGCUGGUCGGAGACCCCCCCUGUGCUGUGGUUGGAGACCCUCCUUACGGAUGUGACCACCUGCCCCGGGAGGCUCGGGACGGGCAGGGGCCCCUUGCAGCCCCGCCACGUUCAGCGGGGGGUCUUUUUGUCCGGCAUCUGUGGCUUUGGGGUGUCACUGUUCAGCUCCUGAGUUAAUGCUGAAGCUGUUUGCUAAAUGCUUCGUCACCCUGUCAGACUCGGGACUGGGCUGGCGGGACUGGGUCUUCUGACCCUUAGGCAGCUAGCUGCCUGCUUCGUGGAGGGGCUUCCCCUGGGGGGCGUGGUGGGAGCUGAAGGUCUCUCCCUGGACUGACAGAGGUUACUCGUUGGAGCCCAGGGUUGGGAGUCAUCAAUUUGUGGCCUCCUGGGAUCCCCGAGCCCUGCCCAGCAGCCUGCUCAUCUCUGCCCAGCCCCCGGGGGCCUUGCAAAAGUGACAUCGGUGCUGUGCUGUCCCCCCCUCCCUCGCCAGAGUCUCCCCCUCCCCGUCACAGUGGCAGCCGGGCUGCCUGUCGGGACCACCUGCUUCCCACCCUCGCCCCCCGCUGGGUUAGCAUCCCUCUCUACUUAGUUCUCACGCUGAGCCCAGCACACCUGAUAGAUUUCAUCCCUAAGACAAGGGGUGGAAUAUCGGAAACUUCCUCCUUCCUUUCUAUUCACGCCAAGUGCCCAGCUCCUCGCGGGCUGCCCUGCACCGUCUCUCAAAAGUAACUGUCAGCCUCUCUGGAGCUCCCUCUGUGCAAUGUCACCCUCGGCACAGGAGUGGGUCCUGGGAUGCACCGGGGCACCCCUCAGUGUGACGCCUGCCCUUCCCGUCUCAGGGUACAGCAGACAGGUGCGCUGCACGCGCGUAACACGUAAGUGGGAAAACCCUGGACCGAAAAGAUGGAAUUGAGAGACACCAUUGCAUGUUUGCACGCUGUAGCCGGAUCCUAGUGUAACCAAAAAAGAGCUGCAGGCUGAAGGACAUUCAGCUGUCCCCGCCCAUGAGGGCCACGGUGCCCCAACUUUUCAGAUGCACCCACUCUCCCGGGACCAACUGCACCAAAUUGGUCCCGGUUGGUGGGCAGACAAGUCACGCGUUGCCGAUGCAGAACUCAGCCUCUGGGCGUCAGCGCUGCAGGUCUUGCGUUCUGGAGAGGCCAUCAUGCUCGGGGCCCAGGUCCUGACGUGCUAGGUCGGUGGGAACAAAACGCCUCUCGGGGCUUCCCUGGUGGCGCAGUGCUUGAGAGUCCGCCUGCCGAUGCAGGGGACGCGGGUUCGUGCCCCGGUCUGGGAAGAUCCCACAAGCCGCGGAGCGGGUGGGCCUGUGAGCCAUGGCCGCUGUGCCUGCGCGUCCGGAGCCUGUGCUCUGCAACGGGAGAGGCCACAGCAGUGAGAGGCCCACGUACCGCGAAAGAAAAAAACAAAGACAAAAACGUCCCUCAGUCAGCACCUUUGUGAUUUUCCAACCAUGCCCCUGCUGAAAAAUCGUGUGGGGAAGGUGAGGAUGGAAUGUAGAAGGUCAGGUGUGGCCAGUCCUGCUUUAAAAUGUCAUUACAGUGCUAAUUACGGGCUUGUAUUUUCUGUUGCCUGUAGCUUUUGUCUAUAUAGCUGAAAAAUAUUAAAAUCAAAUAUGAUGUAGGAAUGGGGUGGAAGGGAGGAGAUAAACACAAAUUAUAUUUUAUAUUUUUGCAGUUUCUACUGGAUGAAAAAAGUUUUCAAUAUCUAGACUGACUUGUUGAAUUUUUAAAAAUGGAUACACUAUAAUAUAACUAUUUGUACUGUUUUCUCAGUGCCUUUAGAAAGCUUUCAAAUACAU